AUGAUGAUUUAUUGCAUAUCGUUUGUGUGCUUUAUUUCACUCACUGCUUUUGGAGAAAAAUUACACGAACAACAAAAUCUGCAGUCAAUUUGGAAAGAGUUGGAGAAAUUGAAAGAGAUUGAUCUUCUGAGGGAACGUACAUUGGCAUUGGAACGUGAGGUUGAGGGAUUAAAACUUCAAAAUCAAAAUCUUAAUCAAAAGGUUGAAACGCUGGAAAGACGAUGUGCGGAGCGCCCUGUAGAGGAUGUUGAAAGGACAGAAAAAACUGGUACGAUGGCCAACACGACAAACACUCACAGCUAUUCUUUCAACCAGACAUUUGAAUCAAGGAAACAAACUUCUAAACUAAAUCGCCAGAGAAGUAUAUUACCAAGACAGGUCUCAAUCCAAACACAUAUAGCGUUUACAGCAGGAGUAUCGGUUGAUAAUCUUCAUAAUUUAGGUGAACAUCAAUCUAUUAUAUUUGAUCGUGUCAUCACAAACAUUGGCAAUGCUUACCGUCCACAUACUGGGAUUUUUAAUGUCCCGGUUAAAGGUGCAUAUGCUAUAACGCUAACCAUGACUGUUGAACCUAACAAACUUCAAAGGCUUGAGUUAGUUGUUGACGGCGGUUCAACAUACUAUAUAUCUGCUGGCCAAGCGGAUGCUAGAGACUACACUUCUACAACAAAACAAUGGAUUCUAGAGCUGCAUACCGCAUCAGAAGUAUGGGUCAGGAAGGUUGGUGCUGCCUACACUGACCUCCACGGAAAUAUGGAUACUAUUAUAUCUGGCUAUCUUUUGUUCCAGACAUAACAAUUUUCUGCGAAAUAAAGUUAUUCAACUGUGAGUUUUGUAGGUGAAAAAUAUAAGCAAAAAUAACAUGUUUUCUGAUGCCGCUCUGUAACUUUUAGAAAUAGUAUAAGACGUUCCGGCUAUAUGUUUAUAUAAUAAACUGUGUAUGUAUUAUCUAAUUAGUAUGAUACCUCCGUUUAUUUCAAAAAAAUACUUCAUACAUGUAUAAUUAUGAUCUUUUUAUCAAACUUAAAAUUUUUGAACUUAAAGUAAACAUCAUUUAAAAUCAUUUUUUUUCUAAAAAGCAGAUGUUUGGCAUAUGUAGCAUCACACUAUAGCCCUUAUAACAGCAGAAUUGUCCCUUUUGUUCAAAUUAUGCACUUACGGGGAGAAUUGCUAGUAAGGUAAUGAAAUAACCAAUAAAUUGUAACCGAAGAAUAUCGAUUUUUGAUUAAAUUUUCGCUUUUCAAGUACUGACAUAAUUACUAGGUUUCCAUAACAUUUUAUCAUUCAAAAACAAACAUGUACAAUGUUGAUAAAUGUACAAUUUUACCUACGAAUAAUAAAUGAUUGAAAUGUUAGUGAUUGUAUUAUCUCAUUGACUGAAUGAUCAUAAAAUAAUGUUGUUUUUUUUUUCAAAAUUUUUAUUACCGAUUCUUCGUUGUACUGUCCACAUUGUAAUGUGCUUCUUUUGGCACUAAC